UUUCAUUGGAUAAUACCAAGAGUAAAUGUUCAUCGCCAUAUUUUGAUUAUUUCGGCGCAGAUAAAAACGAACAAGAUGAGUUCUCAGGAAAAACCAGAGGAGACGAUAGAAGAAAACAUAGACAAAUCCACUGGAGAUGAUGUCUUUAUCAAACCAGCUACCCCUGAGUUAUCAGCUUCUGAAAAAAUGAAACAAGAAGAAGAUAAAUUAAGGAAAAAAUAUCCAAAUAUGAAGCCGGGAGUAGGAGGGUCUGCAUUAUUAUCAAAAAGGCUUCAAAAGAAUAAGUACUUUGAUUCAGGAGAGUACAACAUGACGAAAGCCAAGAUGAGGGGUUCUAAACUACCACCUGCUGCCCAGGAGAAUAUGAUUUUACAGGAACCACCAGGUGAUGCCAUUCCAACCCCAGAGGCCAUAGCUACAAUUAGGAAACCAUCACUUCAACAAAGCAAACUGGCAGAGCAUUCAUGAACAGAUCCCAUAUAAUGAUAUUUUUGUUAUGCAGAUAGUGCUCUUUUCACCUUUGACAUAAAAAGGUGGCAGUCCCAACACCUCAUUUUGGAAAAAAGUAAUUCCACAAAAAAUAAUUUUAGAUUCAAAGUAAAAUCGUUAAAGUCCACAUCUCUUGGAUUUUUUUCUGGAGAAUUCUCUGGUCUUUAGUUUCAAUUAAGAAAAUGGGAAAAGUAUAUUUUAAAUGUAUUUUUUCAUUUUGUCUGUGAUGUAUACUUCAUUUGGCCGAGUGUGUGUGUGUGUAUGUGAAAUUGUUCUAUCUGAAUGAUCAUCGUGUGACUAUGUGUUUGACGUCGUUGAUUAUGUUUAAUCACUAGAGUUAUAUCUCCUUGGAAUGUUGACAUAUUUUUCAGAAUGAUGUUUAAGCAUUUCCAUUGUUGCACAUAAAUUAUGUUUAUUAUGUUAUAUAUGUAACUGAGUCCUGAAGUUGAUGAUGGAAGAAAGUGGGGAGGAUGUACAUGGCUGUGCUUUGUUUUCCAUAUUGCCUCAUGAUUAGUGUACUACAAGGCAUGAUUUCUUCUGUUCUGUGGUCCCUGUAGGAUAAGGCAUUGUACUAUAUUACUUUAGUUUUGACAAAUAUUGUGUACAUUUUGAUAAUGCAGAAAUGAUUUAAAUGAUGAGGAAAUAAAAUUCUGGUGAGCAAUAUUUAUAGAUAAAUUCAGUAGAAUAACUGUGCAAUAGAAUAUCUAUUAUAAGGAAAAGUCUCUAAAUUUUAAUGCAUUUUUUCUGGUUUUUGUAUACAUGUAUAUAAAACUAAAAGAAUUGACAUAUAGUAAAAAAAAUUUGUAAGCUCUUGUUAAUUUGGAAAAUUUCACAUCAUGAAACAUUAAUGGAUUCAUGAAUGAAUGUUUCUGGGUCAUUUGCAAUAGGAAAGGCAAAAUCUAUCCUGUCAAGUCCAGAUCUUGUGAUUUUGUGUUUGGGAGUACUAGCAGUGUAUUACAGUCUGUAUAUAGAUAUUACCUUUUUUUUAAAAAAAAUAUGAUCACCUCACUUCUUUAUUGUUAUAGAUUUGUUUAAAGAUCAAGAAUAAAUCAUAGUUAUGUAAUAA